UAACAAUUACAUCAAUUUUCUUACGUAGGGCUUGGCAUGUAAUGUAUCAAAAUCCUGAGAGAAAGAAGAGUUCUUUGCGGUAAUCAUUUCGAGUUAAUAAUUUGCUGUUUCCUUCUCUUCUUGCCAGCAUGAUGUUUAGAAUAUAAUCUGUAUUAAAAGUGUCGAAGUUACUGACUUACAGGAGUGGAGGGAUGUGGCGACUUGGGGCCCUGAAGUCACAGAGCAGUUUACUGUGGGAUGUUUUACCCAAACCCGCCAUCUUUACAAGAACAGGACAGCUGUUGUUUCCUUCCAGUGCCUAUGGAAACAAGCAGACAACAUUCAAGAACUACCAUGAUAGGCACCUAACAUCUGACUUGGCAUUACCUACAGAGGCUCAGGUAAUAGUUUGCGGCGGGGGGAUAGUUGGCUGUUCUGUAGCAUACCACCUUGCCAAACUGGGAUGGAAAGAUGUGCUGCUUUUGGAACAAGGAAAUCUGACCUGUGGAACAACAUGGCAUGCUGCUGGUUUGCUGGGAAAGCUUCGUUCUUCUGCUGCAGAAACUAAGCUGUCAAAUUACUCAGUAGAAUUGUACAGUACCCUGGAGGAGGAGACUGGUGUUGGAACAGGUUUUAAAAGGUGUGGUGGAUUGGUUGUGGCCCAAAGCAAGGAGCGCAUGGCUUUCUUGAAAAGAAGAGCAGCUAUUGGCAGAGCCAGUAACAUUGAUACUGAAAUGUUAUCAGUAACAGAAAUUCAGAAGCUGAUACCAAUUGACAUGAGAACUGAUGACAUAUUGGGUGGUCUCUGGAUUCCCAGUGAAGGUGUGGCAACAUCUAGUGAUGUUUGUCAAUCGCUGGCCAAAGGAGCAACUUUAAAUGGUGUCAAAAUAUUUGAAAAAGUUGUUGUCGAUGCCAUUAUCACAGAUGGAAAAUCCAUCACUGCAGUAGAAACAAACAGUGGAAGUAUCAAGUGUGAGAUAUUGGUCAACUGUGGGGGCCAGUGGGCGUGGGAAAUUGGUCAGAGCCCAUAUAAGGGAGUACCCCCCCCCCCCGGAGUACACAUAACCGAGCAUUUCGGUCUUGCAGGCGAGUUAAUGGACAAGAUCCUCCACCGCAUGCCUCUGAUGGAGAAGGCAGAGAUUCGUAGCAUGAUCAAUGGCCCGGAGAGCUUCACUCCCGACUCGCGCUAUUUGCUGGGUGAGGUGCCUGAGGUUGGUAAUUUCUAUGUAGCCGCUGGCUUCAAUUCUGGUGGUAUCGCCAAUGCAGGAGGAGCAGGCAUGGCCCUUGCAGAAUGGAUCACAGCUGGGGAGCCCACAAUGGAUCUCUCGUCUGUGGACAUACGUCGCUUUGCCCCUCAUCACAACAACAAACGUUACUUACAAGAGUGCGUGAAAGAGACCCUUAGCUGGCACUACCUGUUACGGUUCCCAUACUCAGAGAGGAUCCGUGCGCGCGGGCUCAGGUGCUCGCCGCUGUUCUCAGAGCUGGAUGCCGCCGGUGCAUCAUGGGGUGACAAGAUGGGAUGGGAAGUUGCUAAGUGGUUUUCUCUUGCAGGACAAGACCACUCCCGUGAGAACGGUUUUGGCAAACCCAGCUGGCUUGGUAGUACAGAGGUGGAGUACAAAGCGUGUACUGAGGGGGUGGCUAUGGUGGACUUGACUUCUCUCGGUCUUUUUGAAAUUGAGUCCACCAAGGAUGGAGAGGUUGAGACAUUUCUUCAGUACCUGUGUUCCAAUGAUGUUGCCCUUCCUGUGGGGGGUACUGUACGUACGUUGGUACUAAACAAGUACGGAGGUGUAGAGCUGAGCAGCAGUGUGAUAAGAAAUGCACAAAACAAAUUUUUAAUUUUGCUGGAUGAUUCAGAGCGCGUAACCAUUGUUCAGUCACUGCUUUCACGUAACAUCCCAUCGGGCUCUACGAUCACAUUCCGUAACAUCCAAUCAGGAUACGUUAUUCUGGGGGUACUGGGCCCGAGCUCGCGUCAGCUGCUUCAAAGUCUCACCCAGACCUCUUUGGACGAUAGCCAAUUCCCGGUGAAUACUGCAAAGGACAUUGACUUGGGCUAUGCCUCAGGUGUUAAGGUUUUCAGGACCAGUUGCUUUGGUGACCAGGAAAAUGACUGGAAGCUUUUGGUUCCCUCAGAGUUCGCAGUUUGUUUGUACCGUGAUCUUAUGGCGGCUGGGAGGGAUCUGGGUGUCAGAAACGCGGGUCGUUCAGUGGUGGACUGCUUACGAAUCGAGAGAGUCAUUCCUCAGAUGGGAAGUGAGCUGUCAUCUUUUAUCACUCCGUCGGAGGCUGGGAUUAUGGACAGAGUUCAACUGAAUAAGAAUUGUGAUUUUAUCGGAAAGCGAGCACUUCUUGAUGGUCAAGACCAACCACAAAAGAAACGCCUCGUACAUAUUGCUCUUCAAAGCCACGACGACGGCAAUUACCCGUGGGGAGGGGAGCCGAUUCUAAGAAAUGGCUCGUCAGCGGGAUCAACAACGAGUGCUUGUUACAGCUUCAAGUUCGGCCGCCCAGUGUGUCUAGGAUACUUGCAGGGAGAGGGACAGGACGCUGUUGUCCAAGAUGGCCGAUUUGAGAUCGACAUAGCUGGGAAUUUGUUCCCUGUUUCGGUUUCUUUGCAAUGUCGAUUGUAUCUACCGUUGAUGUCUCCAAGUUUAACUGUUAUCAUGCGAUGUAUUUUUUUUUUUUCAAACAGAUUUUUAAUUUUGCUGGAUGAUUCAGAGCGCGUAACCAUUGUUCAGUCACUGCUUUCACGUAACAUCCCAUCGGGCUCUACGAUCACAUUCCGUAACAUCCAAUCAGGAUACGUUAUUCUGGGGGUACUGGGCCCGAGCUCGCGUCAGCUGCUUCAAAGUCUCACCCAGACCUCUUUGGACGAUAGCCAAUUCCCGGUGAAUACUGCAAAGGACAUUGACUUGGGCUAUGCCUCAGGUGUUAAGGUUUUCAGGACCAGUUGCUUUGGUGACCAGGAAAAUGACUGGAAGCUUUUGGUUCCCUCAGAGUUCGCAGUUUGUUUGUACCGUGAUCUUAUGGCGGCUGGGAGGGAUCUGGGUGUCAGAAACGCGGGUCGUUCAGUGGUGGACUGCUUACGAAUCGAGAGAGUCAUUCCUCAGAUGGGAAGUGAGCUGUCAUCUUUUAUCACUCCGUCGGAGGCUGGGAUUAUGGACAGAGUUCAACUGAAUAAGAAUUGUGAUUUUAUCGGAAAGCGAGCACUUCUUGAUGGUCAAGACCAACCACAAAAGAAACGCCUCGUACAUAUUGCUCUUCAAAGCCACGACGACGGCAAUUACCCGUGGGGAGGGGAGCCGAUUCUAAGAAAUGGCUCGUCAGCGGGAUCAACAACGAGUGCUUGUUACAGCUUCAAGUUAAGCCGCCCAGUGUGUCUAGGAUACUUACAGGGGGAGGGACAGGACUCUGUCGUUCAAGAUGGACGAUUCGAGAUCGACAUAGCUGGGAAUUUGUUCCCUGUUUCGGUUUCUUUGCAGUGAAUUAAACAAACACCUAAAGUACAGAGUAUAGAGCGGUUUUCAUUUGAGUGUCGAAAGUAAUUAGACAAUUACUUUGGUUUUGGUUUGGGUUUUACUACGGU